AUGAAAGAUAUACCUCUAGAUCCUAUUGAAAAACUAGAAAAUAAAUUUAGAAUUCAAUAACAAUAGCUAAACAAGCUGAAACAAAAAUUUGAGGAAAACAAUAAGACUACUUUGGACUAGUAAUCAAUUUAGUAACAAUCUCAAAGCAAUAAUAAGAUUAAAAAAGCUAAUGUGUCUCUGAAUGAUCCUUAGAAAGUAGACUUAAAAAGUUCUGAAUUAAACAUUAGUAAUUCUAAGAAAAUCCAUAAAUUAAGUAGUAAAACUUCAAAAUCAAAUAAACUUACAAGCUUUAAUCAUCCUAGAUUCAAGUUGAUAAACGAAGAUAAACUUAUCUAACUCACAUCACUAAUAAGCAAAAUUUAGAAUGAGUCAUAAAUCAAUACCACGACCAAUAACAGUACGAGUACAUUAGACAAUAAUGGCUAUGUCACAAGGACAUCAUAAAGUGAUUUACUAGUUUAAGGGGAUAGAUUUAAAUCUAAGAGUAGAUCUGACUUUUCAAACGAUCUUAAACUUAAGAAGUUUGUUAUAAGUUAAGAUAUUGAGCACCUUACAGAGCAGGUAUAAGAUUUAAAAAGUUUGAGCCUAUUAGAUAGAAUCCAAUAAAGAUAGUUAAAUGCUGAAUUUUAGAAACAAUUCUAAGGUUUUAAAAGAUCUCUACUUGAGCAUUAACUACAAAGACAAUAGGAUUAGAUUACGAGGACUGAACUUUCUGUUGAUGACAUUCAACUUCUUUAAAUGCCUAUUUCGAGAAAGAAUAUUAUUAGCAAGAGCUUUGAUACCUUUUCUUAACAUGUUGCAGAUUAAGAUCAAUAAAGUUCAUCAGUUACUAUUUCGAAUGGUGCUGUCCCCACACCAAAGAUGGCUGCUAGAAAAAUCAAGAAAAGAUAAAUUUAAAAUGAGAUGAUGAUUAAGAACUAUAGCUACUUGGAUGAUGUCUUGAUUUAGGAAGAUAUUAACAACGUUAAUGAAAUCAGGAACUAAUUUCUACUAAACUAAGACAUAGAUCAUCCUGAUGAAGAAGCAAAGCUAUAAAGAGAAAAAGAUGAAUAAGAUCCGUAUCAUGUAUCACCUCUAAGAAGAAUGGAGAUUAAGAAAGAGCUUAAUGAUAUGUUUAAAAAGAAUUUCGACUCGAUAGAGAAGAAAAACUAUGACCACAUUAUUGUAAAAUCAUAAUCAAUUACCAUAACUAAUUAGAAAGCCAAAUCCAAAAGAACAAAACGAACUGGCCUAUAGUACAGUAGUAAGGAGCUAUCAAUAUUUGAACAGACUAGUUUCAACUUUAAUAACUUUUCUGGAUGGUGA